AUGGCCACACCGUUCCUCGUCUCCUACCCCUCCAACCCCACCUCCGGCCUCUCUCUACAGCAGAUUGCCUACUUUGGACGAGUCCUGGUUAAGGCAUCAACGCUCGCCGAGGCCGAGCAAUUCCUGCGACAGAAUUUCCGCAAGCUCGAUGUCUACGUAGACGCCACCGCCAUCUCCUCCGCCGGAGACCUCGUCGACGUCCUCAAUGCCGGUGCUGCAAAAAUCCUCAUUACCCUCGAUCAAUUGACCGCUCUCUCAGAAGAACAGUCGGUGCCCUCCUCGAGGUUACUCAUCUCCGCCGCCUCGGAUUCUCAGAUCGACUCUCUGCAACAAUGGAUCGCAACCGACACAGCUGAGCGGAAUGAUGUUAGUGUAUGUGUGGCGGCGUCUGCGGUCUCUGCUACUGCAAACAAGUUGAACAUCAGUGCCGACUCGCCUCGUCUGUUCACGACAUUUGGUGGGGAGACUGCAUCGGAAAGCGCGAUCAUUGACGUCACACAAAAGGGCGCCAUUGUCAUCCUGUCUUCUGAGCAAUUGACUGUGGAACGAAAUGUCUCUGGCCAGAUCUCUGCGGCCAAGUUGAUUGCUUCACGUGCAGUGACUGACCAGGCAAACGGUCUCUACGCCACAUCCGUGACGGACGAGCGAGGCUAUUGUCUCGGAGUCGUCUGGAGCAACGAUGAAAGUAUUGCAGAGGCUCUUCGUACCGGCACAGGGGUAUACCAGAGCCGGAAGCGCGGUCUGUGGUACAAGGGUCAAUCGAGUGGCGACACCCAGGAAUUGAUCCGCAUUGGCUACGAUUGCGAUGCGGAUUGUCUGGUCUUUGUGGUCAAGCAGACUGGACGAGGCUUCUGCCACCUCGGCACGGAUUCCUGUUUCGGCGCCUCCGCCGGUCUCUCACGUCUGCAAAAGACCCUGCUCGCCCGCAAGGCUGAUGCCCCCGCUGGGUCCUAUACUGCCCGCUUGUUCAAUGAACCCAAACUCGCGGAAGCCAAGAUCAUGGAGGAAGCCGAGGAGUUGUGCCAGGCUACCACUAAGGAGGAGAUGGCUUUCGAGGCUGCUGAUCUCCUCUACUUCGCCCUGACCAAGUGCAUUGCCGCUGGUGUCACGCUGGAAGACAUCGAGCGCAACCUAGACCUCAAGAGCCUCAAGGUGAAGCGCAGAAAGGGUGAUGCAAAGGGUCCAUGGGCAGAAAAAGCCGGUCUGGCCUCUUCAUCAGCGGCACAGUCUGCACCCGCACCCGCACCCGCGCCUACCCCUGCGCCAGCUCCCGUCGAAGAUCGCGUUUCGCGUAUUGAAAUGAAGCGUGUCAUCACUUCUCAGACUCCUAUCACUGAGGUCAAGGAGUGCCUGAAGCGUCCUUCCCAGAAAUCUAACGACGCUAUUGUCGCGCUGGUGAAGCCGAUCAUUCAGGAUGUGCGUGAGGGUGGUGACGCCGCUGUCCUCAAGUAUACUCACAAGUUUGAGAAGGCGACGUCCCUCACCUCGCCCGUUCUCAAGGCGCCUUUCCCUGCCGAGCUGAUGAAGGUGACCCCUGAUGUCCAAGAGGCCCUUGAUGUUAGCAUUGGUAACAUUCAGCGAUUCCACUCCGCUCAAAAGAGUAGCAAUGAUACGCUGAAGAUGGAGACCAUGCCUGGAGUAGUCUGCUCCCGUUUCUCACGACCCAUUGAGCGCGUUGGACUGUACGUUCCCGGUGGUACCGCUGUCUUGCCAUCUACUGCUAUGAUGCUGGGUGUUCCGGCCAUGGUUGCCGGUUGCCAGAAGAUUGUGCUUGCCUCACCUCCGCGUGCCGAUGGUAGCAUUUCACCCGAGAUCGUCUACGUCGCCCACAAGGUUGGUGCUGAGAGCAUUGUGCUCGCCGGUGGUGCGCAGGCCGUUGCCGCGAUGGCCUACGGCACCGAGUCUAUUACCAAGGUUGACAAGAUUCUCGGCCCCGGUAAUCAGUUCGUGACUGCAGCAAAGAUGUUUGUCUCAAACGACACCUCUGCUGGUGUGAGCAUUGAUAUGCCUGCUGGGCCCAGUGAAGUUCUUGUCAUUGCCGACAAGACUGCUAACCCGGCCUUUGUCGCAUCCGACCUGUUGAGUCAGGCUGAACACGGAGUGGACUCUCAAGUCAUCUUGAUCGCUGUUGAUCUCAAUGAGGAGCAGCUCCGGGCCAUUGAGGACGAGGUUGAUAAGCAGGCCAAGGCUCUCCCGCGUAUGGACAUUGUCCGCGGAUCCCUGGAGCACUCUGUUACUUUUGUGGUCCGUGAUAUCAACGAGGCAAUGCUCCUUAGCAACGAGUACGCCCCCGAGCACUUGAUCCUCCAGGUCGACAAUGCAGAGGCUGUUGUCGACCAGGUCUUCAAUGCCGGUAGUGUGUUCAUCGGCCCUUGGACACCUGAGAGCGUCGGCGACUACUCUGCCGGGGUCAACCACUCUCUGCCUACGUACGGUUAUGCCAAGCAAUACUCUGGUGUCAACCUUGGCUCGUACCUCAAGCACAUCACCAGCUCUAACCUGACCGCCGAUGGAUUGUUGAAGCUUGCCAAGACUGUUGAGACCCUGGCUGCUGUGGAGGGUCUGGAUGCCCACAAGCGGGCGAUUAGCAUUCGUGUCGCACAGAUGAACAAGGAUCGCUCGUAG